AUGUCUGAAUGGAAUGUUGAGACGAGUUCAUUGCGACCAAGUGGGUGGGAGGGUAAUACCUUCGCUACCUGCAACGUUGUCACUUUGGACACUAAAACAGAAAAGGAUGUAACUGUCGAAGGCAGAAGUAGUGGAGCAAAUAGCAACGAAGCUAUUGAUGUUAUUUCCAGGUUGAAUGCCCCAAACACGUGGCUCAGUGCUAUAUCGCUAAAAGGCUGCCGAGAUGCAAGAUUUGGAAAGUUCCAGCUGCAAUCGUUCCAGUGCUACAGUUGUUGCACCCACAAGCUGCGCAUCAAUGAGGUCCGGAAGACGACCCAGUCACUUUCGAUAUUAGACUACAGUGUGAUCGGCCCGGGGUUCGAACUAGCCAUGACAUGGGACACUUCCCAAAGCAGGUUAGAGAAUCUUCAUAUGCAAGACGGUGUGCUUCGGGAACGGACUUCCGUGCCUUUAUUUGACGCCUCUGGCGGCAUCUCCAUGUGCAUCGCCAACUCCGCAUCUACACCUAACUCUGCAAAGCUACGCAGGUAG